AUGGACUCCAUGUUUAUACAAAUCUUGGCUUUAGUCAUCCUAUGCUAUUUGUGUUAUGGUUCAUCUCUAAAUGGAAGUUUCGUGUUCGAUGAUACCGUGGCCAUAAAGCAGAACAAAGCCAUUGCAAAAACACCAACCAAUUAUACAGCUAUAUUCAUCAGUGAUUUCUGGGGUGCCCCGAUAACCAGUGAAGAUUCUCACAAAUCAUAUAGGCCACUGACAUCGCUGCUAUUUCACUGGGAAUGGAUAAAGUGGCAAAUGCAACCCAAACAUAUGAAAGCCAUUAACUUGGUGAUCCACAUUUUUAAUAGUGUUUUAAUUCUAUUGGUUCUUCGUGAGUUUAAAUUUCAAGAAUCUCCUUUAAACUCCAAGUCAGUUGAAAGGGUCGCUUUUAUUGCUGCAAUUCUUUUUUCUAUACAUCCCAUACAUACGGAGGCUGUAUCUGGUAUCGUUUCAAGAGCAGAUUUAAUGUUUUGCUUGCUGUAUCUUAUAUGUUUGUAUAUUUGUUGUUGGAGCAGGAGAUUAUGGCGGGAAAAUAAUUUAUGGUUUCAAUUACUAGUUUCAUGUCUAACCUUUGUUGGUGUUUUAUUUAAAGAAUCUGCAAUAACAAUACCAUUGGCCUGUGUAUUUCUUUCGUAUGUCCUGAAAGGCUACCACACCUUGGACUGGAAGCAACAAAUAAAAUCAAUAUUUUCGUUGGAAAAUAUAUUUUUUGCUUUUACGACUUUGAUAAUAGCAGUAUUUCGCCUUUGGAUAGCUGGUUUUACAAGUCCAACAUUCCGUAAUGCCGAUAAUCCGGUGGCCCAUGCAGACAGCCUGAAAACUAGAAUAUUUUCUCAAAAUUAUUUAUAUUUUUAUAAUCUAAAAAUACUCGUUGAUCCAUCCGAAUUGUGUUUUGAUUGGUCCUUUGGUUGUAUUCGGUUGAUUGAGAACAUCAAAGAUGUUCGCUUGAUUUUGAUAUUGGGUCUAUAUGUUUUAUUUCUGAUCGUGCUAUUAAAUUAUAAAGAAAACUGUCCAACCUUUGUGGCCUGUGGUCUUAUGAUUAUACCCUUUUUACCAGCAUCGGGAAUUAUUAAGGUGGGAUUCGUUAUUGCUGAACGGGUAUUAUAUGUUCCAUCAAUAGGAUUUUGUUAUUUAGUGGCCUAUGGUUUGGUUUGCCUCUAUGAUUGUGAGCAUUUUCAUAAACAUUUACAUGUGGGUUUUGGUAUUGUAAUAGUGAUUUUCAUAAUGCGCUGUAGGCAACGCUCCGCCGAAUGGUUAACCGAGGAGAAACUAUUUUCCUCAGCCUUGGAUGUGUGUCCCAAUAAUGCAAAGGUACACUACAACAUUGCCCGCCUUGCAACAGAUAUGCACAAUUACCCCAAAGCAUUUGAACACUAUCACAAAGCCAUUGAACUAUCACCCGACUAUGAUGCUGCCCUUAUGAAUUUGGGUAAUUUAUAUCGUGAUCAGGGUGACCUAACAAAAGCAGAAAAAUAUCUACUGUCUGCAUUGGAAAUAACACCCAUCUUUGCCACAGCAUGGAUGAAUUUGGGUAUUGUCCAGGCGGCCAAAAAGAAAUUCCCCGACGCCUUACAAAGUUAUCAGAAUGCUUUAGCACAUCGUAAAAAUUAUGCCAAUUGUUAUUAUAAUAUGGGUAAUCUCUUCUUAGAGCAACAACUGAAUACAAAAGCCCUACAGCACUGGGAAAUGGCAGUGGCAUUAAAGCCCACACUACGUCAGGCAUGGACAAACAUAUUAACCAUGUUGGAUACACAAGGAAAAUAUGAUAAAGCAUUAAAGGUAUCCGAUAAGGCAUUAAAGUAUCUUCCCAAUGAAUCGUCGAUAAUAUUUUUACGUGCCAAUAUUUAUGGAAAACUUGGUCGUUAUGCGGAAGCUGAGCAGCUAUAUAAACAGGUUGUGAUAAAAGAGCCACUUAAUUAUUUAUAUCAUACAAAUUUAGCUGUAUUAUAUCAUCGUUGGAAUCGUAUAAACGAUGCUAUAGAUUCAUAUAAAAGAGCAUUAGAUGCGGAUCCGAAGCGAGCAACAACGAAAAUGGUUUAG